AUGAGUUCGCACAACGGAAAGCGACGCAAACAAGACUCAAAGACUGGCAAAGGCCUACGCCACUUCUCCAUGAAAGUAUGCGAAAAAGUGCGAAAUAAAGGCACUACCACGUACAAUGAAGUGGCCGAUGAGCUGGUUGCCGAAUUCAGCGCCGAUCCAGUUGCUAGUCGAGCUUCCUUUCAAACCAGUGAUGCAGAGCCCUUUGACCAGAAAAACAUUCGUCGGCGUGUGUAUGACGCCCUCAAUGUUUUGAUGGCCAUCAACAUCAUCUCAAAGGAGAAGAAGGAAAUCAAGUGGAUUGGCCUCCCUACCAAUGCUCAGCAGGAGUGCUCCGAGCUCGAGGAAGAAAGAAAGCAGCGACUGGAGAGAAUCAAGGCAAAGAAGCAGCAACUGCGUGAGCUAAUUAUCCAGCAAAUUGCCUUUAAAAAUCUCAUCCAGCGAAACCAAGAAGAUAACCCACCCGACUCAAAUUCCAUCAUAAAGUUGCCAUUCAUCAUUGUAAACACAGACAAAAAAACUCUCAUCGAUUGCUCCAUUUCUCGCGACAAGUCAGAGUACCUCUUUAACUUUGACAACACCUUUGAAAUUCAUGACGAUUUUGAAGUGCUCAAGAGAAUGGGUCUCGCUUUUAACCUCGACAAACUCGAAGCUGGUCAAACAAUGAAGAGAUCAGAUUUUGAGCGUGCUAAGCAGUUUCUUCCCGAGUCAUUGCGUCCUGAACUGGAUGAGAUGAUCAACGAAAAACGCGUUCAGCUGGUGUAA